AUGGACGGGCGCGGUAGGUGGAGGCAGAACGUCGAGCUCCCGCGUGCGCUUCGCUCUGCCCUCUCCGUCUCCUGCGGUGCCCACGCGCCGGCCGCAGCGGGGCCUGGGAGGCGAACAGCGAGCCAGGGAUCUGCUGGAUGUCAUGGAAUGAAAAGGAUGCUUGGCGGAAGCUCUGCCCUGUCAAACCUGUCGGCUAGGGCCUAG